GCUUUGUCUUAUAUUUCGGCCAUAAAAUUGAACAAAUUUUAUGUACAAAUUUGUAUAUUUUUAUUAGCACUUGCUCAGUAUGCAAACACACAAGCACAAACAGCAGCAAUAACAGGAACAUGAAUAGGAUCUGGGAAUUUUAGGAAUUGUUUCCUUGCUAGGAUGGCAAAUAAAAGAAAAGAAAUUCUUCAUUUUGCUUUUCAAUACGAUAUAUUUAUAGACUUUAAGGAUAAGCCAAAGCAGGAACAUGAAAAUGCAUUUACAUAACACUGGCCAGAGGAAGUGGCAAGGAGAUGUUCUCUCCAGGCUCCAGACUCUCGACUCCCUUCCCUCAUCUGUAUGUCUAUAUAUAUGUAUUUAUAUAUAUAUGUAUAUAUAAUCGUAUCUGGACAAAACAGAAGGCAGAAGACGGCGCAAGUAGCAGGAAAAUGUAAUCCCAGCCAAGCGGAGCAAACUUCCGGCAAACGUUGAAAACGGACGCUUCAAUGUAUUGGAUACGGGAAAUGGCAACAAUUGGCAACAGUGCAGCAGUAUCAGCAGCAGAAGCAGCUUCAGAAGCAGAAAAGCCGGAGAAUCCCAGAAUCGGAUCCAGAGAAUCCAGACUGAAGGAUAACUCCCAGCCAAGGGGCUGACCGUUGCAUACAUGCAGUCGGGAAUGGGGGCGUGGCAUGGCACUGCCACAUUUCAAGCCAAGAAGCUGCAUUAAAAUCUUAAGGAGCAUAAUCGCUGAACUAGAACCAACAACAGAGAUGAAGGGAAAACAGCAAACAAUGUUGACAACAGAUUUGGGGGUUCCCUCUCCCAUUGGAAAGGAAAUUGUUGGAAAAUACAUCUUCUAUAUCCUCAAAAUUAAAACUUUGAACUAAGAUAAACUUCUCCUAAAACAAAUGAAGCCUUCGAAGGGCUGCUGUGGGUGCUGCUCGGCCCUGAGGCCGCGCUACAAGCGCCUGGUCGACAACAUCUUCCCCGUGAAUCCGGAGGACGGUCUGGUGAAGUCCAACAUGGAGAAACUAACCUUCUACUCGCUCAGCUCACCGGACAAGCUGGAUCGAAUUGGCGAAUACUUGUACCAGAAGGCCACCAAGGACAUCAACCGAAAGCGAUACAAGCUGGCUGAGAUCGCCAUGGAGGCCAUGGACCUGCUGCUUCAGGCCUGCCAUGCCCAGACCACUCUUAACCUCUUCGUGGAGUCGUUUCUUCGUAUGGUACAGAAGCUGCUGGAGGACUCAAACCCUAAUCUCAAGAUUAUGGCAACCAAUUCGUUUGUUAAAUUCGCCAACAUCAAUGAGGACACCCCUUCCUACCAUCGCCGUUACGACUUCUUCAUCUCGAAAUUUUCGUCGAUGUGCCACAGCGAUGCGGCCAGUUUGCGGGACAGUCUGAGACUAGCUGGAAUCAAGGGCCUGCAGGGAGUCAUCCGGAAAACUGUGUCCGACGACCUGGUGGAGAACAUUUGGGAGGCCCAGCACAUGGAGAAGAUUGUGCCCUCGCUGCUCUUCAAUAUGCAGUUUUGUGUAAACGUUAUGUUCGUGAAGAAAAAUUUACUGGCGUCAGGUGAUCUCACUCCCGUGGAAGACGCCACCAAUGUAACGCCACCGGCACUGGCCGAGGAAGUGCUCCGAGAACUGGUGGGUCGCGCCUCCUUCGGACACAUUCGUAGUGUGCUGAAGCCGUUGUUGACUCAUUUGGACCGUCAUGAGCUGUGGGUGCCCAACACAUUUGCGAUCCAUACAUUCCGUAUUGUCAUGAUCUCCAUCCAGCCGCAGUACUCGUACACUGUGGUGGAGACGCUGAUGCAGCAUCUUGAUAGCAACUUCAAGUCUUCGCCCAAAACACGCACAUCGCUGGCUGUUGUGCUGUCGAAGAUUAUCGCCAUAGCGGCGGGCGAAAGUGUUGGACCAUCCGCCCUGGACAUCAUCAAUAACCUGCUGACCCACCUCCGCACCAGCGUCAGCACCACCACCGAGAUCACGCCGGAGGAGUCGCAGUACCAGGAGGCGCUGAUCAACGCUCUGGGAGAGUUCGCCAACCACCAUCCGGACUAUCAGAAGAUCGAAAUCAUGUUAUUCAUCAUGAACACGGUGCCCGAUCUCUCGAAGAAGAGUCGGGGCGAUCAGAUGCUACAGAACAUACUGCUCAAGUCCCUGCUCAAAGUUGGCACCCAGUACAGCACUGUCUCGUUCGAGAAGGCAUUCCCGGCCUCUUUCCUGCAGCCUCUGCUGAAGAUGGCCCGGGCGCCUCAUGAUCCCACUCGAAUGGUUGUUAUGCAGAUCUUCCAGGCGCUGCUCGACCGCCACCAGAACGAACAGGUGCUUAGCAGCGUCUCUGUGAAGCCAUACCCUGCGCUGUCCCAGGAACCACCAUCCCGCUCCGACAUAAUCUUCACGCAUAAGUACGGAGCGAAUAUCAUGCAGGCGCUCAUCGACAGCAUGGCCCUCUCGGAUCGCGUUGACGCGCUGACCUCCAGCUUUAACACCGCCGCCCUGCUCAUCGUGGAGAUGUCCUGCAACGAAACAGUACAGGAGUUUCUGCUAUUCAUCUUGGGCAUUCAGCAAGUAGCAAGUACUGUGGACACCCUGGGAAAUGUGCAUAAAUGCAAUUUGCACGCCAUUUCCAUUGCCCUGUUGGUGCUUAUCUCACGAGUAAGUGGAAUUAACAACCUUCUGGACUACGCCCAGAAAAUUGUGGACGCGCGUCGCGAGGAAGCCACCCACUUCCUACCGCCCCUACUGGAGCCCAAGAAAAUGUCCGGCAAGAACCUGAACCUGGCGCUCCCACACCUCUCCAUUGAUAAACUGGCGCUGGGAGAGUGCCUGCAAAACGCGGGCAUGGAUGCCCAGCGACUAAAUACUGGCACCCCGUAUACUCUUAACCAGACGGACCACCCGGGCCACCGUCACUCAUGGGUGGAGUCCGUCAGCACUCAGCUAACGCAGCGAAACAGCUCGGCAGACCUCACCGUCUACAACGGGGACGUGGACAGCGUGAGCAGUUCCCCUGGUGUCUGCAAGAAGCUUUUAGCUCCGGAGUUCAACUUCGAGGCUAUGAAGCGGGCUCUGGCAGAACCCACGGAGGCUGCCAAGAGGGAGCAGCGAGAACGCCAGAUGCAGAUUGUGCGGAACUUCCGAGAAGGUGAAUUUGACGAUCUGAUGAGACGCACUGAACCCAAGCACGAUCUCAUUCAGAAUCGCCUAAACGAGCUUUUUAAUUCCCUGGCCGUGGAACGACAGAUCACGCAGAGCGACAAUAAGGCGGCUCAACUGCAGGCGAGCAAUGAGAAGCCCAUCUAUGAGACGAACUUCCCCGAACUCUUUUAUUACUAAAUGGUAUUAUGUAAACCGGACUACAUUCCGGCGAUUAUUCUGUACGGAAUCAAUGUAUAUUCAUAAUCCGAAAGCGAAUUUGUUUGGUGUGUAUGGGAUGUAUAUGGGAACUAGAUAAAUUUUAUUAAAUUUUUCGUUGUUAAUUGCAAACAAUUGAAUUGUUAAAAUA